AUGCAAAACCGAAUAGAUCGUCUUGAGAGCUUGGUGCUCUCUUUGAUGACCAAUGGAUCUCAGUCCGCAGGCCCCACGGCAGCUAUGGCGGUCAUUUCCGGCAACUCCAGCAGCAUCGGCUCCGCUCAACAUACAUCGGAAGAUGUAGAGCUGGACGAUGAUGAUGGGCAAGGUCCCGAGGAGAGUGAUACGGAGCAAUUGACCAAGUCGAUUGGUAUCAUGAAGGUCGACAACAACAAAUCGUGGUAUAUCAGUGAUGCGCAUUGGGCAUCGGUCCUGAGCGAUAUAGCGGAAGUCAAAAAUUACUUCCACACGCAUAAGAAGCAAUAUGAAGAGCACGCAGAGAAAAUUAAAGCGACGCGACUUCCAACAGAUGUUCCCGGCUCGACCUUGCUCUUCGGUGGGACGAAAACGAUAAGUCGUGAGGAAAUCAUGGCCUCUUUCCCAUCCAGAUAUACUGCGGAUAUCCUCGUUGCGCGCUAUUUCAACCACUAUGACCCUUCCACCCACAUUCUUCAUGGCCCUACCUUUCAGGCGCAGUACAACAAACACUGGGAGGACCCCUCCAAAACCUGUAUUGUUUGGAUCGGUAUGCUUUUUGCUAUGAUGCGACUCGCCAUGCUCUCAUAUCAUCGCGAGGGCGACGAACCUCCAGAGUUUCGCGGGAAGGCGCUGGACAUGGCGGGAACAUACCGGAAUCUCAUGGCCCAGUGUUUGACAUUGGCCGACUACACCAAACCGUACCCUUGUUUGAUCGAAUCUUUAGUCUUCCAUCUUUACGGCGACUUCUGCCAGUCAAAGGAUGCCGACGUGUCUGGAUGGGUGCUGGUGGGCGUGAUUGCGAGACUGGCCAUGAGAAUGGGCUACCACCGGGAUUCGAAGAUGUUCCCUAAUAUCACCCCGUUCCAAGGUGAGAUGCGACGGCGGGUGUGGGCCUUUGUCCGGCAAGCAGACUUGCUCUUUUCUGCCCAAGUCGGCCUGCCCAGCAUGAUCCGCACUUCGGAUAGUGAUACGGAGCUACCACGCAAUCUCUACGACGACGAUUUUGACGAGAAUUGCACGGAACUCCCACCGUCUCGACCAUCUACCGAAACUACGCCCAUCUCCUUCUUGAUCGCGAAGGCCCGUAUCACAUAUGCUUUCGGCCGCGUUAUCGAAGACACAUCUUCUCUCCGAAGCGCUCCAUACGACAAGGUCAUGGAAAUUGACGAGGAGCUUCGUCGGGCAAGGGAUUUGGUACCAGAGCACCUGAGAGUUCGCUCUGUCGAAGAGACACAACUGGAUCCCGCGAACCUUAUCAUGUCUCGGUUUGAGAUCAUGAGUGUGUACCACAAAGCUCAAUGCGUUCUCCAUCGGCGAUUCCUCGCCCGGGCGCGCGAAAACCCUCGAUUUACCUAUUCUCGAAGAACCUGCAUUGAUUCGGCUCUGGAGCUAUUGCGAUAUCAGUCCAUGAUUCAUACCGACACCCGUCCCAACGGUCGUCUGCGAGGGAAGCUCAACCGGACCACGUCCCUCUGCUCGAGCGACUUCCUGCUUGCCGCAACCAUUGUGUGCCUGGAUCUCUAUCAUGGGCUUCAGCUACAAGCUGGAGGUCGCGCUUCAGAUGACACCUACACCUGGGGACGGGAGCGUCGCGACGAAAUGGUUGCGGCUCUACAGCGCUCGAAGGAGAUCUGGGACGAGCUUCAAGACGAGACCAUAGACGCGUGGAAGGCUUCAGGAGUCCUCGGCGUGAUGCUUGCCCGGCUGAACCUAGACGGCAACAAUGCUUCGACCACAUUCGAACCGCAAGACGAGAAGCAGAGUGCCGCGAUGACGUUAGGCCUGCUUAGCAGUGGCAUGAACUAUAUGAAUCCAGGAACACCUGGCUUUGGAGAAGCCACAACCAAGAUGGCAGAUACACCAGUGCCGCCCCCGGGCGGCUUUGGUGCCGCUGAUAUGCCUGGUGCCCCAUCACCCUUCAGCGCCAUGUUCGGACAGAUGCCAGACAUGCAGGUCAAUUUGGAUUGGGACGCUUGGGACAACUACAUUCAAAACUCCUCGAUUGACUUUUCCAAUCAGUGGUGGCCGGCUAUGGACGCACAGCAAGCGCCACAGCCUCCGCAACCAGGGAACCCGCUUUCGCCAUCUCAGUUGGCUGCAACACAGGGCGGAAUUGCAGGAAGGAUGCGUACGAUGCCGUCGCUUUCUAGCGCAUUCCCAGAACCCAAUGGGUACGAUGCGGCUUUCCCUACAUCCUUCGGCGUGAAUGCGCCCAAAAACCCACACAAUCCUGCUUCAGGCCCAGGAACAUGA